UGUAGCAAGCCGGUUGCCUAUAAAAGGCUGACAUGUCUUGUCCGCGGGUUCUUCAGUUCCGGUAGCUCGCGAAGUUUAGCUCGACAGGCUCGGCUUCCCAUUUGCCGAGUAGGUGAAAGUGGAAAUUGUAGUAUAAGUUCAAUUGGUGUUGUGUGAUAGUGAAUGUUUGAAAGACUCUGUAAUAAAGACUGUCUAAAAGUACCAGCACACAACGUCGCACAAUGAAAACUGGAUACGGAUUAAAUACGGCAGAUUCACUCGGAUACUUAGGCUAUAGUUCGAAGCCGUACUCGUCACUCGGCUAUCUCGGCAGCAAAGGAUACAGCUCGACCGCAACCGGAGUCCGCUCAAAAAGUGCAUUCGACAAAGAUGUGAUAACGCCCAAAGUGAAGAAACCGAAGCUAAGAAAAACAUCCACCGAAAAGGUUGAGACACCGCUGUACAAGAAGAAAACCUUCGAUUUCACGGAUUAUGCCUAUCGUGAGGCUGUUAACCGCUUAAAGUUCCUGCUGACGGAAGCGUACGAGCCGACAAAGGCACCCACAACCUUCUACUAUCGCAGCGUCGACGAUGGCAAAUCAGAAGUGUCUGACAGUCAGUCCGUCAUUGAGCGGCCGUCCAUAACGGAGGUGUCCAAAUACUUUCCGUCCACCGCUGUAUCACGCUAUGGGGGCGGUCCGGUGAGUCGAAGGUACAGUUUUCUCAACAAGGACCUAUCGGUUGGGCAAGUUGGAGCGCUGAAGCCAGCAUUGUCUAACUCUAGUUUACAUCCAGCUCCAUCGGUACAUGCAGCGCAGAGCCUUGAGGUGGCACAACCACCGCCUGAGCUGUUGGGUUUUAUUGAAAAGCAAGAAAGCUAUAUCGAACAGCUGGAACGUGAAUCUCAGUACUGUCGGGAAGAGCUUUCAACUUUGUUGAAGAAAGUGAAAGAAGUCGUAUCGGAGAAUGAAGCGCUCAAUGAUCGAUCCCGCUCAAAGGCUCUGUAUCAGCUUGAUUCAUCCGAAAGCGAGGAUGUCGACUAUGCGGAGCGUGGCAAAGGCAAAGGGCACCUGUCCGGGCCAAGCAUUGUGUUUGAGUCACGCAUAAGCGAGCUCGAAGCGCAGCUGGCCCAGUCACAGAUCGAUCUGAAGAAGCUGUUCAACGAGAAUGAGGAGAAUAAGCGCAAACUGUUGCACGGGGCAAGUGAUGUGGGUAAUGCUGACGCCUAUCGGAAACAGGUGGAAAAUCUACAGCGUGACAAACAAAACCUAGAAGAAACUGUUCGCAAACUACAACUGUCGAUCGAUCAGCUAAAGGACUCGGAGGCGUGCAAUUUCAGCAAAUCACAACGAAGUCGUGAUAUGAUUGAGCAGGUGGCCUUCGAACGUAAUCAAGCAGAAAUUGAAAUUCGUCGUUUAAAGGAUGAACUGGAGCGUCAGCAUGAGCGAGUGCGUGAGGUACAGCACGAGAUGGCCAAACGCAUCGCAGACGAGCGGGCCAGUGCCGAACGGCGCUAUACCUACCACGUGGAUCAGCUGGGCGGAGACCUUAGCAGCCAGUGGGAACAUGCCACCAAGUUGCAGCUAGAGGUGGAACGUAUGAAGCGCAUUGAGUCGGACUAUAAGCGUGAGCUUAAUCAAAAGAGCUCACAAAUAGAUGAGCUAAAGAUGGAGCUGAAGAACAAGUCAGCCAUCUUUAUGUCCGAUCUCAACCAGGCCAGCGCAGAAAAGCAGUCGCUCGAGCAGGAGAUCACUUCUUUGAGACUUCAAUUGGAGCGUGCCGAACGUCAAUCAAAGGUGGAAGUGUCUCGUUUGAAUGCCGAAAUAACGUCCCUCCGCCAACGGCUCGAUCGUGCCGAUGCUGACCUGUUGCACUCCAAGCGAGAAAAUCUUAAGCUUGCCGAUGAUGUCGCUUCGCUAGAGAAAGAGCUAACGCUUGGCGAGCUUAACCGCGAAACUCGACCCUCCAAGGAGCUGGCAAAAAUCAUAUCCGACAUGGAGGCGAAACACACCAACACCGUUUCCGAACUCGAGGGCAUGAUACAAGAUCAAAAACAGCUCAUGGAAAAACUAACUGCAGAAUGCAAAAGCUUGACGCAUAAGUUAGAGGACACCACACAGAAGCAUAAAGAGGAGAAGCGUGAGCUACGCCAAACGAAUUCCGAACUGAUGGAACGGUUGAAGCAGAUCUGGCACAACUACAAACAGAUCAGUCCCGCAUUUCGGAAAUCUAGUGGGGCGAGCUACGGUGAAGAUCUGCCAGAUGAACCGCUGAACGCCGACGAUGCUUCUGCAUCGAAGCACGAACAGCGGUCAACUCAGGAUCACGGCCCGGUAGCACCGCCGCCCGGUACCCUGCCGCCAACGAUAGAACCCUGCCAGCGGACACAUACGAUGAUGCAUCAACCGCCGGCACGGCUGGACGAGCGUACGGAAACAGUGGCGGCAAAUCCUCCCGACCGGAAUCACGCACCUCCGAUCGGCAGUACGGUGCCUCACAGCCGAAGCAACCGCCCGAACUGUCGCGAAACAAUUCCGUCGCCGACUAUGUCGAUCCUAGGCGCAGCGAGUCCCGGCUGUCGCGCUCCUCCGUCACCAACGAGGACGCGGUGCGAUCCGGAACCGUUUCAAAGGAGCCAGAGUAUGGACGUGCUGUGGAACCGGAGCGGCUGUCCCGAACCAGCGACACCACUAAACCGGACAGCACCGGAGCCGGAGGCGGUGGAGCAUCGGGCAGCAGUGGCCGACUGUCGCGCGAAUCCGUCGCCGACCAGCGAGCCUCGCGCCAAUCCAUGCAAUCGCUGGCCGGAUCGCAACAGUACGGGACAGCGGAUGGUGCUGACACCGCCCCAUCGCAGCAGUACGCCGCCCAGGGACAAUACGGAGAGUUCGCGUAUCCCGCCGGAGGAGAGCAGUAUGCGCCGCUGGACGAUCAAUCUGCAGCCGGAUACGAUGCUGCGCAACAGCAGUACACCGAUCAACAGCAGUACGAAGGCUAUGCAGAGCAGUACGACCAGCAGCAGGCAUACGAUCAGCAGCAGUACCAGGGCUAUCAGCAGCCAUAUGAUGCACAGCAGUACGCCCCUGAGCAAGUUUAUGAUGAGUCCAGCUACGCCACCGGAACCGGCACCGUACAGCAGCAGCCCGUUGCACCAGCACCUGCAGCCGUCGCACCAGCAACAGCACCAGCACCAGCCGUCAUUCCAUCACAAUCCCCAACGCAAGUUUCAGCCCCAACAGCAGCAUCAGCCCCAUCCGCACCAUCCGUACCGGCACCGGCUAGCGCCACCGGAAGCGGAAAGCAGCAGUCAGGAAAAUCUGCAGUCACAGUGGAACAGAAGGAAGGUAACCGAGCUGUGGGGAAUACGCGUUCCGGUGCAUCCUCACGGGCAGGAGCCAACGGACAGCGAUACAAGCAACCGUCCGGUGCCGGACGAUAAGACGCCACCACAACCGUACCGCGCCUGCUGUACAACUAACAACGGUUUGCCCCGGCAGCAGCUGCCGAAAACGUGCGGCUUCCAGCCGAUCGAGAGCUAUCCGAAGCUAAUCAGCAUCAGCAGCCCGAGCCUGUUUGGCAGCAGUCCGGACAUCAGCCAAACGCCCUCACCAACGUCGACCGUGCUGAAGAACUACGAUGCCGCCAGUCCCAAUCCGGUGUGAACCGGUUGCACAGAAGAAGGGUUUUAUGGUUGGUUUGUGUGGCUUUUGGUUUGGUUUGGAGGGUGUAUGCUGUGGGGUUUGCAAUUGUUUUACCGUAAGUGUAUGUGUUUACCUAUUUUGAAGCCUAUGCUCAAUGUUGAGCGUUUUUUGUAGUGAUUGCCAUGUUCUGGAAAAUGAAUAAAAA